CCGCCUGGCACUUCCAUGUUGACAGCCGAGCCAGUCUCCGUAGAGAUUUUAUUGAAAUGGAAAGUUAAUAAAUGUUUCUCUGAUAUACAAUAGACUAAACUAUUUGGCAAUGCCGUUUAGUAACAGCCUAAAUUGCUGUAGGACUAGUCUAUCAUGGCGGCGCUAGGAGCGGAACGUGGCGAGACGUCUAAAGUCGAAGAAAAGAUAAACACCCAGAAGACGGCCGACUCAUGGAAACGUCAUAUCAUCCGCCAACUCAAACAUCGGGAUAAGUAUCAGAAGGCGAUGUUUCAAGAUGUCAUACUGGCAUAUAUUAAUCUGCUGGAGAGGUCCAAUCAGAGAGCCCUCAUCACGAAAGGCAUCCUGGGAUCUGGUUCAAGGUACCCUGCCUCCUCCAACGACUCCUUGACGUCUCUGAUUUCCAAGAAUGAUGAUCUGAAGAAAACAACUGGGGAGCUGGCCUACCAGGUAUUGGAGCUCCAGCAGGAGAUUAAGAUCAAAGACUCCGUACUGGAAGAGCAACAUGCCAGGAUGUGUGAGGUGCGGAGGGAUCUGCUGGGGGUGCAGGCUGAGGAUGGAAGUCUGGCGGUGCGUGUUGCCGAGGUGACGGAGGGGAACCGGCUGUUGAAACGGGAGUACGACUCCCUGCUGGAGCAGCACCAUGAUAUGGACCAGACCUUCAGAGAGGAGAAGGUCAGAGGUCAGGAAAUGCUGGAGGAGCUGGUCCGGAGGAAGCAGCACGCAGCCAUCAGGAUGAACAGCCGCAACGAGAGACGUGUCAGAGCCAGAGAGGCAAGUCUUCAGAAGGAACUGGAGACCGCCGGGAAGGUGGAGGUGACCAUCGAUGUCGGGUCGGUCAGUGCCCCGGCCUCCAGAGAAGCCUCCCCUAAGAGUGAUCUGGCCGAGAGACGGACAACUAGACUGUUCAGGUCAGCCUCAGUAACAUCCCCUCCCAGGAUUCUAGAUUCCAUCAAAGAGCUUUUUGAUAGAAAGAAGCGUCGGGGGAACUCGCUGUGUCUGAGUCUGGAGGAGGAGCUGUAUGUUCCUGUAGGGAUCUGUCUGGCUGCCAGGGUCCCUGUUAGGGCUCUGCAUGUCCUGGAUGCCCAUGAGUUGGGCAUUAAUGCAGUGAGGUUCAGCUCCAGUUGUAACCUGCUUGCUACUGGAGGGACAGACAGAUCCAUUAAGCUGUGGGACGUUAAAGCAGGCAUGCUCCACAACAGAGGUACACUAGAUGGCAGCAACGAAGGAAUAACCAGCAUAGAGUUUGACCAAACAGGCACCAGGGUUAUAGCAGCGUCAUAUGAUAAAUCAGCUCUGUUCUGGCGGCUGGAUGACUCUGCUCCCAAGCUCACUCUGACAGGCCACUCACGUAAAGUGACAGCAGCCAAGUUUAAAUGCAGCCUGCGCCAGGUGGUGACAGGAAGCGCAGACAGGACCGUCAAGAUCUGGGAUCUCCACCGCGCUGCUUGUAUCCAGACCAUUGAGGUUCUAUCUUACUGCAGUGAUGUGGUGUGUUCUGAGCACGUCAUCGUCAGUGGACACUAUGACAGGAAGAUACGCUUCUGGGACAGCAGGGCUGCCAGCUGCACCCAGGAGGUUCCUCUCCAGGGGAAGGUAACAUCUCUGGACAUCUCUACUGACCACCGUCAGCUCCUCAGCUGCUCCAGAGACGAGAGUCUGCAGGUGGUCGACCUUCGCAUGAACAGCUCCAGGAUAUGCUUCAGAGCUGAGGGCUUCAAAUGUGGCUGUGACAGCACCAAGGCUAUAUUCAGUCCUGAUGGGAGCUACCUGGCAGCAGGAUCAGCAGAUGGGGCCGUUUACAUCUGGAACGUCAACUCUGGCAACCUGGAGACACGACUACCGGACAUGCACAGUUCGUCCAUCAACGCGGUGGCCUGGUCUGGGUCCGGGGAGUACGUGGUCAGUGUGGACAAGAGCCGGCGUGCCGUCCUCUGGAGCGGCAUUUGAAUAGUCUGGUCGACUGGCCAGCCCACAGACCCAUUUAAAUAGUCUGGUCGACUGGCCAGCCUCAGACCCAUUUAAAUAGUCUGGUCGACUGGCCAGCCCACAGACCCAUUUAAAUAGUCUGGUCGACUGGCCAGCCUCAGACCCAUUUAAAUAGUCUGGUCGACUGGCCAGCCCACAGACCCAUUUAAAUAGUCUGGUCGACUGGCCAGCCCACAGACCCAUUUGAACAUCAGUUUGGGGUUAGGUUUAGAAGGUCAUCUGAUCAUUGGCUGAGAGAACACAUUGGAUGUUUAACAUGGCUGAGAGAACACGGAACACGUUGGAUGUUUAACAUGGCUGAGAGAACACAGAACACAUUGGACGUUUAACAUGGCUGAGAGAACACGGAACACAUUGGAUGUUUAACAUGGCUGAGAGAACACGGAACACAUUGGAUGUUUAACAUGGCUGAGAGAACACGGAACACAUUGGAUGUUUAACAUGGCUGUGAGAACACGGAACACGGCUGAGAGAACACGGAACACAUUGGAUGUUUAACAUGGCUGAGAGAACACGGAACACAUUGGACGUUUAACAUGGCUGAGAGAACACGGAACACAUUGGACGUUUAACAUGGCUGAGAGAACACAGAACACAUUGGACGUUUGUCUCACUCCUGCGACCAGUCUGACAGAACGUAAAGGGGGUGAUAUUCCAACGGUUGCCUGGCUACCGAUCAAACAUCACUCAGGUUAAACGCCACGCCCACUAACGUUUUCUUCUCCACCAUGAUUACUACCCCGAAGACUUCCUGAAAGCGAACACAUUCAAACCGUUCUGAUUGGUCCCAGAACCCCGAUGGGUUGGACCAGAACUGGCCUACACGAUUCAUGAAUGACGUAGUUUUGACGUCAGCACAAACGACUUCUAGGACGGCAGGUUCAGACGGAUGUAUGGCGCUAGCGAUAGAGCAGCGAAAUGAAAGGAUGAGUCGACAGAUCUGACACGGUCUGCUGUUUUUCUUCGGUUUAUAACUUUGCUAAAGGGACCUGGCAGAAAAUCAUAAAUACAAUAUCUGUCUUUCAAAAAAGUCAAUGGUUUCAUUUUGUUCUCUCCAUGAUUGUAUAGGGUCAUAACGGUGCCAACAUAACUCCAUAGUGUUGCUUUGCCUUUUUUUUUGUAAACAAGCAUUUGUUCUGUCAAAACAACUUUGUUACUUAGUAGUUGAAAAAUGUAUGUGGUGUCUAGCCAUUCGUACUGGGGAAGGAAAAGCAUGGGUUAUGCUUGACGAGAAACGAAUACACUAGUUAUUCAGGGAUAAGGAUCCAUCUCCUCUGCUUCAAACAAUUGGAGGUAAAGCUUCAUGCUCUUGGCUGGCUUACAGAAAACACUACCAUAUCAGACAGUCACAACUGGUCUGCUGGUCUAAUAGCUGAUACAUUAUGGAAAAACUAUCAUGACAACUGUGAUAAUAUGAUGAAAGAUUUUAAUCUAAGCUACAUGACACAUGUACAGGGCUGAAGGGAAUGGAGUUAUCUGGAGGGUUCUGAAGGGAACGGGGUUAUCUUGAGGGUUCUAAAGGGUUAUCUUGAGGGUUCUAAAGGGGGUUAUCUUGAGGGUUCUAAAGGGUUAUCUUGAGGGUUCUAAAGGGAACGGAGUUAUCUGGAGGGUUCUGAAGGGAACGGAGUUAUCUGGAGGGUUCUAAAGGGAACGGAGUUAUCUGGAGGGUUCUAAAGGGAACGGCGUUAUCUGGAGGGUUCUGAAGGGAACGGAGUUAUCUGGAGGGUUCUGAAGGGAACGGAGUUAUCUGGAGGGUUCUAAAGGGAACGGAGUUAUCUGGAGGGUUCUGAAGGGAAUGGGGUUAUCUUGAGGUUUCUAAAGGGAACAGGGUUAUCUUGAGGGUUCUAAAGGGAACAGGGUUAUCUUGAGGGUUCUAAAGGGUUAUCUUGAGGGUUCUAAAGGGUUAUCUUGAGGGUUCUAAAGGGUUAUCUUGAGGGUUCUAAAGGGAACAGGGUUAUAUUGAGUGUUCUGAAGGGAAUAACCAGCUGUUGCUGGUCUGUUAUUGAGAACAGAUGGAACUUAACAUCUUUACCAUUCCUCACUGGGAUAUUGGCUUGGCUUUUGCCCACAAUCAGUAAUACAGCUGGACAACAUUUAGCAUUUAGUAAUAAAAUCAUAUUGAGGUGUUGACGAGAGCAAUACACCUGUCUCUCUCUCUCUCAAUUCAAUUCAAUUUCAAUUCAAUUCAAGGGCUUUAUUGGCAUGGGAAACAUGUGUUAACAUUGCCAAAGCAAGUGAGGUAGAUAGUAUAUAAAGUGAAUAUAUAAAGUGAAAUAAACAAUAAAAAAUUAACAGUAAACAUUACACAUAGAGAAGUUUCAAAACAAUAAAGACAUUACAAAUGUCAUAUUAUAUAUAUAUACAGUGUUUUAACAAUGUACAAAUGGUUAAAGGACACAAGAUAAAAUAAAUAAGCAUAAGUAUAGGUUGUAUUUACAAUGGUGUUUGUUCUUCACUGGUUUACCUUUUCUCGUGGCAACAGGUCACAAAUCUUGCUGCUGUGAUGGCACACUGUGGAAUUUCACCCAGUAGAUAUGGGAGUUUAUCAAAAUUGGAUUUGUUUUCGAAUUCUUUGUGUUCUCUGUCUCUCUGUAUCUCUCUCUGUCUCUCUGUCUCUCUCUCUCUCUGUGCCUCUAUGCAGUUCUACUCAGUGAUUCAGAUUUAAAAUGCUGAGUUGCAUUCAGUAGCCGUUUGGCCUCUCAGCUUUGAAGAGCAUUUGGCCUGUCAACUUCAGUCCCCCGUCUGGAUCAAACACACUCUUUAUGUAAAGCUGAGAUGGACGCCAUUUUACUUCUCUCAUUCCUCCGUGUUUUAAACAUUCACAGAUGGUCUUUUAUUAAAUAUAUAUAUAUACUG